AUGUCACAGAAACGUCUUCUUAAGGAGCUCAAACAGCUAAAUAAACACCACCCGUCGCUUACAAAUGCCCAGAUCAUGAGCAUAGAGCCUCGCAGUGAGGACUCGCUUUAUCUCUGGAGAGCAGUCAUAGCAAAACCAACUAAAGCUGAUAGUGAAUGGUACUAUAAUGGCCAGUGGACGCUUGAAAUAUCUGUCGCUGAAGACUACCCCAAGAGCCCGCCGGCGGUGAUCUUUUCCCGCCAGACGCCGAUUUGUCAUCCCAACAUCAACAUCGAAACAGGCGAGAUUUGCUUGGAUAUCUUGAAGGAUGAGAGCUGGCUGCCAGCAUGGAACUUGGAGCACAUUGUUGUGGCCAUUUUGAUGCUUAUAGACGACCCAGAGCCAGACUCGCCGCUUAACAUCGACCUGGCGAACCUAUUCCGUUCAGAUAAGGCUGCGUUUGAGUCGGUGGUUCAGUAUAACAUCUGGCGCCAUGGUACGUUCUUUGAAGGUACGAAAGAGCCUUCCGGAGUGAAGCUGCACGCUAUUAUUGCGUACGAUGUCAGUUCCGAAGAGGAGGAUGAGCCUGAUCUGGAAGAAGAGCAAGAUAGAAGUCUGGACAGAAGGGAGACUUCCAGGGGCAGUGGUUACGGCGGCGGAAGCAUAUCUGAAAGCUACCAGAACCUCAGUAUAAGUGGUGGUCUGAGCAGCAACGGCGCUACGGAAGAAAGCGAAGCUGAAGUGAUUGCUCGUCAUGAAGAAGAAAGGAUAGAGAAUGAUAAACAGAUCCACGAGCUAGGCGAGAAAGUGACUCAGGAGUUCAUUGACAAAGCCAACGAAGUAGGCGCCAGCUCACCGAUCUGCCCCAGCGAGACCUUCCAGCUGAUGUACAUGCAAAGCGUCCACCAACAAGUGGCCCACAAUGUGCUGAAGCAAGUGGAAGAGAUCUGUCAUAAAAAUGCGAGUUCUCCCCAGCCCAAAAUUGUCACAACCCUUACCAAGUACCCGCAAGAAGAUGUGGAAAAAGUUAAAGAGAGGUUUCUCCGCCAAGUCGACAGACAAGUCGACGAAAUUAGACGCCUCCACGAGCGCAGACAGGCUGUCGCCUGA